AGCUCAUCAAGGCAAAGAUUUGGCUUCUCGAGGUAGAGAGUUUGCUCAAGGGACUACUAUAUCAUACUAUCACUGUCAUCAAGGUCUCCAGCAAGGAUCAGAUCCAUGCCCUCAACGAGGAGCUAAAUAACUUCGAAAAAAUUUUCAGAAGGUCUACCGAGUACUAGAAGCAGAUCAUAGCAAUUUGGCAAAGAAGUGGUCAGGGAGUUAGCAUCGCUCGCGUCAUCCUUUGGUGUCAAAGAAAUCACAAGUUACGGGGGCUGUACCAUUAUAUAUGGGACGGCAACUUCUGAAGGUGGCAGUGAUCGGAGCUGGUGUUUCGGGCCUUUUGACAGCCCGAGAGCUUCAAAAAGAAGGCCAGCAGAUUGUGGUCUAUGAGAAAUCAAACCAAAUUGGUGGUUUGUGGGUGUACGAUCCUGAAGUCGAGACUGAUCCACUUGGCCUCGACCCUAAUAGAAGAAUCGUUCAUAGCAGCAUUUACGAUUCACUUCGGACAAAUCUACCUACGCAACUUAUGGAAUUUACAGAUUACUCCUUCACAAUCGAGAAAAAUGGUAAAUAUUUAUGUUUUCCUGAUUACAAGGAGGUCCUCAAAUUCUUGAAUGAUUUUGCUAGAGAUUUUGGACUCGAUGAUCUGAUUCAGUUUAAUACUGAAGUCGUUUCUGUUAAGCAAAAGAAUGGUAUGUGGGUUGUUGAGUCGAAAACAAAUGGCGAUGAUCAAUUCAAGAAAGAAGAACAUUUCGACAUGGUCGUGGUUUGUAAUGGUCAUAACACUCAGCCAAAAUUAGUAAAUGCUCCAGGAAUUAAAAAGUGGCCCGGAAAACAAAUUCAUAGUCACAACUAUCGUGUUCCUGAGCCUUACAAGGAUCAGGUUGUAGUUGUGAUUGGUCACGGGCCAAGUGGCUUCGAUAUAGCCUUCGACAUUGCCAAGGUAGCCAAAGAAGUUCAUGUUUCAUCAAGAUGCCCACAAGUUGAAGUCAGAAAACUCGAGACCUACAAAAAUGUAUGGCAGCAUCCAAAGGUGCCCACCAGAUAGAAUAUUGCCAUGAAAAUGGUGAGGUAGCUUUCCAAGAUGGAGCUUUGAUUGCUGCAGAUGUCAUAAUUCACUGU